AUGGCAAGUGAGAAGAAGAAGAAGAAGCCAUUCUUCACUUGGAUGCUCAUUCUAGGAGCAUUUGCUGCAAGGGAGACCCAGGAAGCCUACCACAGCCAUGACUUCUAUUUCACUGCAACUGGCAGCUCAGGGUCAUUCUUGGACUUCAUUGUGAUCACUGUUGUGGAUGAUGUUCAGCUCUGCUCCUACCAUAAAGAGAAGCAUCAAGUUGUGAUGAAGGAAGCCUGGAUGUACCAGGCCCUGGGAGCCAGUGAGAUUGCCCAGAAACAGCAGAAAUUGCUGGACCUUGAAAAAAAUUUCCAAUGGGCUUUCAAGAACUUGAUAAAGAAUCAGACCAAGAGUGAAAAGAACCACACACUACAGGUAUUUGUAAAUUGUGAAGUGGACAAGGAUAUCCAGGUGAGCAGCCACUUUCAGUUUGCUUUGGAUGGUGAGGAUUUCUGCCAGAUGGUUGAAGAACCGGGGCAUUGGGUGGCCACGAAGCCUGAAGCCCAGCACUUCAAGUUCCUCUGGGACAGCCCCUUCUGGAAAAGGCGGGUGAAACACUAUAUCCAGGAAGAUUGUAUUGACAGCAUGAAUAAAGUUCUACAGUAUUCAAGCAUGAGGGAAAAUGUUCCCCCUGAGGUGACAGUAUCCCGACAUGAUGCUCCUGAUGGCAGAGUCACCCUCUCCUGCAGAGCCACUGGCUUCUAUCCCCGCUCCAUUUUGCUUUACUGGGAAAAGGAUGGAGAACUGGGUGUGUGGGGACAGGAGAGCUCCAGUGGCACCCUUCCCAAUGCUGAUGCCACCUUCUAUCUCCAAGUCACACUAGAGCUCCCAUCUGGUGUCCCUGGGACAGGUUACACCUGUGUGGUAGAGCACAGUGAGCUAGAGACUCCAGCCACAUUCCCAGUCCCUGGGAAGCCAUAUAUGGAGCGGACUUUGGUCAUGGCCCUGAGCAUCCUGGCAGUCAUCAUCUUGGUGCUGAGCUGUGCUGGGGCUUUCAUCAGGUGGAAGAAAAGGAAGACAGGAAUAACCAAUCAGCUGGAAGGACCUUUUCCUUCACCUCCUGCAAUUCCUCUUCAGUAG